AUGGCCUAACUAUCUAUUAACAUAGAUGAAAUUAAAUACUUAAAACCCAAUUAAACUGCAAAUUCUGAUGACUAUUCAUAAAUAGAGUUUGAAAUUGGGAACUUCGACCAAGAGGAAAAAUAAAAUGAAAUCUCAACCAAAAUCAAAAUAUAUGAAUUAAAAUAACAAUUGAUUUAAGAUUUAGACAGUCUUAAGUAAAAAAAUCUAAUAUUAAUCUAAACGUCAGAAGAGUUAUUAAAACAAAUCAAACUGAGUUUGGAAAUUCGAAUAUAGAAAUCUUUGCAGUGCUUUUAAGAAAGUAUUGAAAAGAUAAACUAUUUCACUCAAUAGUAUAUCGAUAAAAUAAACAACUUACCACAAGAUGACUAAUUUAAAGAUAAGUACAUAAAAAUGUAAAAAGAAUUUUUCAAAUAUUUUCAAAUCAAAGAGAUUUUAAUAAAAUAACUUGGAACUAUAUAAAUUAAAUAGCGUAUUGAUGCGAUAAAUUAGAAAUUAAAUUAGAUAGAGGAAGGAAUUAACAGCUGGGCACAGGACUUUAUUAAUGAUUACUCAUAAUAAUUAAUUCUUAAAUAAAAAUAGGAGGAGAACAUCAGUUUAAUAUGUGAGCCGCAUAAAAAAAAGGCUAUUAUGGUUGACUUAAAUAAAACUUCUUUAAUUGCAAAUAGAUUAGCCUGCUAUGAUUGCAUAGAACAACAUCCAAUAAAAUACAAAUAAAUAGAAAAUUUUAAGUAAUAAUGGGAAAAAAAUCAAUCUGAAAAGAAGAAGUUAAUUUCUAAUAGUAUCAAAGAAUUAAAUAAAAAAGAGGAAGAUGAAAAUGAUUAUAUAGAUGGUUUUAAAAGGAGAAUGAUAAAUCAAGUAGAUGAUGUUAAGCGUUAUAAUAAUUAGGAGAAAGUUAAAUGUGUAGAUGCAAUAAAUUCAUCAGCUCAGCAAUUAGAUAAAAAUUUUGAUGAAUUAACUUUAGAUUAAGCGAUUGAGUUUGCAGAAGAGAUCAGCAAUCCAAAAAAUUUAUCUUUCCAAAAUUAAAUAGAAGCUUAAUUAACUUUGUGCAAUUCAAAUACAAAUUAAAGAGUAUAAGACUUUUUUAAUCAAUAGUAAUAAUUCAUUAAUUAUAAUAGAUAAAAAGAAAUAAAUGAAUUUAAAAAUGAGUUCUCCAUAUCAACUAGAAAUUAAGAAUCUAAAUCAAAUUUAUUAAAGUUAAUCUUCUUAUAUUUAUUCCUAUUGAUCAAAUGGAUUGGAUGUGCAGUAUUUUUAGAAUAGGCAUCUUUUAAUUAACAUUAAACAAUAAACCAAAAUUUAUUUUAAAUUUAAGAUUGGAUGAAAAAUUAAAAUUAAACUGUUUAGUUGAAUGUUUAAGAUUUAAAUAAGUAAAUAAAGAAAUAAGAAGAAGAAUUAAAUUUUUCAAAUGAAAAACCAGAAUUAUAAGAAUUAUUGGAACAAAUAAUCGAAGAGAAUGAUAAGUAAAAUAAGCAAAAUAUAAUUUAACAAUAAACAAUAAACCAAAAUUUAUUUUAAAUUUAAAGUUGGAUAAACAAUUAAACAGUUAAGCAGUAGAAUGAUUAAGAAUUGAAUAAUUUAAUAAAGAAAUAAUAAGAAGAAUUAAAUAAAAAAAAGGAAGAACUAAAAAAAUUGGAACAAAAAAUAUAAGAGAAUGAUAAGUAAAAUGAGAAAAAUAUAAAGGAUUUAAAUAUCAGGAUUUAAAAUUUGGAUUCAGAUAUAAAUCUCUAAAAAAAUUCCAUAAGUAAACUCUAAGAAGAUAAAGAAAAAUUAGAACUGGAAUUGGAUAGUCAAACAAAAAAAACAUAAGAGAUGUAAAACCUUAUACUUGAAAAAAAUAAAUAAUUUUAAGAACUAAACCUUCCGAUUCUUUGGUUAAAACCAACACUAUUAAAAGAUGAUUAUUGGAUUAAACUAUUUUUUAUUUUAUAAAAGAAAACAAAGAAAAUUAUAAAAAGCUCCAAUAAGAUAUAUUAAGGUAGCUAAAAUGGAUUAAAUGCAUAAUCAUUUUGGGAAGAAGUAAUUGAAAAAUCAAAUUUGCUAAUGAUAUUUUAAUCAAAGAGCAAUUUUAUUUUUGGAGCAUACACUCCAUGCAAAUGGGAAGCUAAUAAAGGUUCUAUUUACGAUGACUCAUAUUCAUCUUUUAUCUUUUCAUAAGAUCAUGAUUAAGUAUAUCCUUUGAGAUAGAAGACUUCAGAUUAGGCUAUAUAUAGCCAUACAAAUUUUGGUCCAGUAUUUGGAGGUGGUAAUGAUAUUAUGAUAUAAGCUAAUUUUAAGGAUGGUUAUUCAAAAUUAGGUAAGACAUUUGAAUUUGAUUAAUAUCAGGAUGGUUAGCAAAGUUCUUAUCUGUUUGGAUAAAUGAAACCAGAAAUAAAGGAAUGUGAAGUUUAUUAAUUAUAAUUUAUUUGA